CUAAUACAGAGCACAGUUUGAUUUCUCUUUUGACAUCCUCUAGCUUCCUAUAGCCCCCUCCACUGCAUCUUCGCAUCGGAACCCCACCAGCCACAAUGUCCGCUUCUCCCUCGUCUACCACUGGUGGAGACCAGUCUCAAGGCGUCGACCAGAUUCAUUUCCGCUUCUGUCGCGAAUGCUCCAACCUUCUUUACCCCAAAGAAGAUCGUGCCACGAAUACAUUGAUGUUUUCCUGCCGCACUUGCCAUGUCGGCGAACCCGCCACCUCUCACUGCGUUUACCAGAACAAACUCAACAGCCAAGUAGGCGACACAGCCGGUGUGACUCAGGAUGUUGGAUCUGAUCCUACGCUGCCGAGGUCAAAUAGACUUUGCCCAAGCUGCGGAGAGAACGAGGCGGUGUUCUUUCAGUCACAACAACGGUCAGCGGAGACAGGAAUGAAAUUGUACUACGUUUGCUGUGCAUGCGGAAAGGUGUUCACAUGAUGAUUUUAUCGAUGACGCUCAAAGCGACAAGACGGACUUUUCUUUUUCGAUCGACAUAUAUUGGCGUUUUGGAUAGGAGUUUUGGUUUUGAAAUGGAUGGGUAUAUAAAUGGUCAUGACGAUGCUACAUUCCCCGGACUAAAAAUACAUUGAAAAGAAUUCUAAUAUCCCAUAAAUGUGCGCCGCGGUA